AUAGCAGCCUUAAAGUCAGAUGGGACUGCAGGGGAGAUUUAAAACUACUGCGAAGAAACACGGAGACGGACAGGAAGUUUUUUUUAGUAAACAUUUUCAAUGUUCUGUUCAGUUUGGGCUAUGUGAAAUACAAGAUUGGUGAACUCUUGGACUGACAGUCUGGAUUAAAGGGUGGUUUGUGAAGGACAUGGGAUUAAUCAGGAAUCAAGAGGCAUUGUGUCAGUAAUGUAAUCUUACAUGCCACGGAUAUUUCUCUUCAGGUUUACGUCAAGGAAAGUUCAAUAUUUUCUUCAACGGCUGGCCUUAAGUUACUUCAGGAGAAAUGAUACGCUACUUGUCUCUUCUAAUUGUCCUCAGUCUUUUUGUGUCUCAGUGUCUCGGCGGAUGUGCAGAGGUGGACUCCAUGACUGAAGCCGUGGCAGGAGAAGGAUUCCUGCUGGGCUGCAUCUCCUGUAAAAGAAGAGAGGAGGUCUCUGCACGAGCCACAGUAGACUGGCACUUCAAACCGCUGGGAGAGGAGGAGUUCAUGCAUAUUUUUCACUAUGACCACCCCAGUUCCGACAUAAUCCAUGAAGAUUUCAGUGACCGUCUGGAGUGGCAUGGGACACAAAACAGUGAUAUUCAGACAGGAGCUAUUUACAUUUCUAACGUCACCUUUAAUGACACAGGGACGUACCGCUGCACAAUCCACCGCACCCUCUUAAUGGCGCAGCAUGAUGAGCAUGUCACUGUGGAGAAGGAGGUGGAGCUCAGCGUGGUGGCUGUAGCCAAUCGGGAGCUGACAGCGGUGAUCUCAGAGAUAAUGAUGUACGUGCUGAUUGUGGUUCUGCAGCUGUGGCUCAUUGUGGUUCUGGUGUACUGUUACAAGAAGAUUUCAGAGGAGCAUGAAGCUCGGGAGGCCCGUAAGGCUCUCAAAGCUCAGGCAGAGCUGUUAGAAUCAAAAGACACCUGUGACGGGGUGCAGCUAGAGUAAAAUUACCGGUAACAAGCUCAUCUCUCCGCGAGUCAAGCUUCAUUAUUGUGCCAUGAUGAGAGGUUGAAAUUUGAAUGCCUUGGUCAACUAGCUGAUGAUGCUUGAAAGUUUGUAGAUUUGUAAAUAGAGUUUUCAAUAAUUCAAUAAAUUAUUUUUAUUGGUGAA